GGUCUCACUCUCAAUUGGAUGGUAAGUCCCAUCCUUUUUCAAUCAAAUGUCCGUUCUUUUCCUAAUUUAAUGAUAUAACCAUGCACCUAUCCACUGACUAACUAGUGAGGUUUCAAUCUCUUCACUUCCUGUGUGUGCUCUAUUGUAAUCCCUCGUCCAUCUGUGUCUGUUAGUGUGUGGAAUCUCUCCUCUCAACACUAGGAUCGUGGGGGGUUAGGAUGCUCCUCCAGGGAGUUGGCCAUGGCAGGCCAGUCUGCAGAAAUCUGGCAGACAUUUUUGUGGGGGAUCCCUUAUCAACAAAGAGUGGGUGCUGACUGCUGCUCACUGCUUUCCCAGGUGAGGACCCAUAAAAAACACAGGGCUCAAAAAAAUCAGUAUUGUAGUAUUUCCACAAACUGUCACAUAGUAAUAAUAAUAAUAUGUAUUUAGAUUUUCAUGUGAUCACAUAAAACCACUAAAUUGUUUUUGGGACAGUAAAAAUACUUUGUAAACAGACUUUCUUCUCCAUGUUUUUCUUUACCCACCAAAAUGAGAUGUGGGAAGUAAAGGGAAGCAGUUCGUAAAUACGAUAAUACUCAAAUAUUGCUGAGGUGGGUGCUACCGGCCCUUCAAACAUUUAAUACAAUUCAAACUUGAAACUAUUUUUCUCAGCACCAGUACAUCAAAUUUGGUGGUCUCCGUGGGUCGUCAGAGCCAGGAGGGCUCCAACCCCAAUGAGGUGAGCCGGACAGUCACUCAGAUCAUCUGCCACCCCAACUACAUUAGUAGUACCAGUGACAACGACAUGUGUCUGCUGAAGCUCUCCUCCCCCGUGACUUUUACCAACCACAUCCGGCCAGUCUGCCUGGCAGCACCAGGCAGCUCCUUCUAUGCUGGCACUACUAGCUGGGGCACCGGCUGCGCCGGCACCAUCAGCAGUGGAGGUAAGCGCACAGAUAUACUGUAGCUUGCAUUAAGUACUACGGAUGAUGGAUCAGAAUACUGAUAGAUCUUGUCUUGUGUAUGUUGAGGAAUACCUUUUUUUAUGGGUUGAAUGUCUCUCCUCAGUGUCCCUGCCCUCACCACAGACCCCACAGGAGUUGUAUGUGCCAUUAGUGGGGAACAGGCAGUGUAACUAACUAACUAUAGAGUUGGCUCCAUCACUGACAACAUAAUCUGUGCUGGUCUAUCAGCAGGAGGAAAGGAUUCCUGUCAGGAAAAUCUCUUUGCUAUCUUGUUUGUUUAUUACAAUGUGGGUUAACUACACAUUCCUAAUCUGUGUCUGGUUUCUCAGACCCAGAUUAUACUGUACUGUUAAAAAGCACUUUCAAUAGAGAUUCUCCAUUAAAAGUGCUUUUUAGUCCAAGACUAGGCUUAAUCUGUGUCUGAAUAACCUACCCAUUAUGUUUCAUAAGAAAAUCUAAUCUCAGUGCUUGUGACCACCACUACGACCACAACUGCCGCUACUUCCACCACUACCACCACAGCUACCCCUACCACGCCGACUACCACCACAGCUUCCCCUGCGACCACCACUACAACCACAACUGCCCCUGUGACCACCACUACCACCAAAACUGCCCUUGAAACCACUCCUAAAGGUAAUCGGAUUUACCUUCCUCUGUGAAACAAACAAAUUGGUGCCUCCUCUUAGAGCCACACCCAAACAUGUCUGUUACUCCUGUUGUAGUUAUAGACAACUUAUCUAUACCUCUCCAUUUGACCACAUCCAAACUUGAGUGUGUAUCCCUCUCUUUACUACACUCAGCCAAAAGUCUCCCUCAGACAGUGUUACAGUCCUGACUUCUGUAGCUCUUCUCUCCCUGUUUCUGCAGCCGUGGUGUGUGGCAGUGUCUCUUUGAACUCCCUUACUGGUAUGGACUCGGUGUCAAUGGGCUCCUGGCCCCGGAUAGCCAGUCUACAGACAAAUGGAACACACGUCUGCGGGGGCACAACGGUAUCAGAGGACUAUGUCAUGAGUGAUGCUGGGUGCUUCUCC